AUGUUCACCUCGAGGGCUGCUAUUCGGUCUGGCUGGUGGAGGACAGCACGGCUUCCCCGUGUUCGUGGUUUGCAUGACCUUCAUAAACACCCUCAGAGCAAGUUUUUGAAGGUAUCAGAAGAGGUCCAAGAUGCUGUCGCGACAGGGAAGCCGGUCGUUGCCCUUGAGACGACCAUCUAUACUCAUGGUUUCCCAUACCCUGACAACAUAGCACUGGCGUCGCUGUUGGAAUCAGUUGUUCGAGUGAACGGCGGUGUUCCUGCGACCAUCGGCGUACUCGGAGGUAUUGCGCGAGUUGGUAUGAGUGCAGAUGAGAUUAUAGAGCUGGCCUCUACUGCGGAAAAUAAGUCCGCAUUGAAGGUUUCCCGCCGAGAUUUGGGCUAUAUUUGCGGCAUGGGCCUGGCUGGAAAACGUAUCCAUGGUGGAACUACGAUCUCUGGCACGAUGAUACUUUCGGAACUUGCAGGGAUCAAGAUUUUUGGAACCGGUGGUCUUGGUGGCGUCCACCGUGGUGGAGAGAACUCGAUGGACAUUUCCGCCGAUCUGACAGAGCUGGGCCGAACCCCGGUGACGGUCAUUAGCUCCGGAUGCAAGAGCUUCCUAGAUAUCCCUAGGACACUCGAGUACCUCGAGACAGAAGGUGUCUGCGUUGGUACCUUUGCCGAUGGACGUGAGGGAUCCGUCGACUUCCCUGCAUUCUUCACGCGAGACAGUGGCUUCCGCAGCCCACGGACUAUCCAGAAUGAGGCCGAAGCCGCCGCCAUCGUCUAUGCGCAAUCUAAACUUCCUGUCUUGUCUGGCAUUCACUUCGCCAACCCUGUGCCUCGAGACGCGUCAGUCUCCAAGCCCGAGAUGGAUCGUGUCAUUGAAGAGGCUGUCCGUCUCGCUGACGUAGAAGGCUACCAUGGCAGUGAUAAUACCCCAUAUGUUCUAGCUAAAAUCAAGGAACUGAGCGGCGGGAAGAGUGUGAUUGCCAACCGGGCUCUCAUUGAAAGCAAUGUCCAGCGCGCUACACGAGUCGCCGUGGAGCUUGCUAAGCUCGAGGAUCAGGACCGAGGAUCUGCGGCUCGACACAUGCCUGCAAUCCUGAAUGUUCCACUACCAGAACAAGAUACCCCUAAGCCCCAACAGACAACUAAGCCUGCAACCUCCUCCACAGCUCCUCAGCAGGUCGAAAAAGUGGAUGUCAUGGUUGCUGGCUCCCUCGCCAUCGAUCUAUCCUGUGAUUACACACCAUUCGGCAAUGAACAAACCCAGAUUGCACCCGUGCCACACACAUCCAACCCAGCUGUCAUCGGCCAAAGCCUCGGAGGCGUUGGCCACAACGUCGCCGUCGCAGCAAACUACGUCGGCAGCAACGUCCUCUUCUGCAGCGUCGUAGCCGACGACCUAAGUGGCCGCGCAGCACUGGCAUCCCUUGACAAAGAAGGCCUCAGCACCGCAGGCGUGCAAGUCCUCCCUUCAACACCAGGAACCCGUACCGCCCAAUACGUUGCCAUCAACGACGCCAAGAAAGACCUCCUCGUCGCAAUGGCCGAUAUGGGCAUCGUCGAGCUCCCCGAACAUCAUCUCGAUUUUGACCGAUUCUGGGAACCCCUACUCGAACGCACCAAGCCCGCCUGGGUCGUCGUUGACGCAAACUGGCACCCGGAGGUCUUGAAGAAAUGGAGCACUAUCGCUCGCAAGCACGGCUCCCGUGUAGCCUUCGAGCCCGUUUCAACCGCAAAAUCCCGCCGCCUCUUCGGCCGCGAUGCUACAGGGGUGGGCGCGGCUAUCAGCAGCGACCAAACAGUCCCCAACCACGCCAUCAGCCUCGCCUGUCCGAACCGCCUCGAGCUUACUUCCAUGUACGCCGCCGCGCGUGAGACAGAUCUCUUCGAGUCCCAGGGUUGGUGGGCCAUCAUCGACGCAAUGAAUCUAUCCCCAACAGGCUCGCGCGAGCGUCUCGUUUACGUGACAUCUGCUGCGCUCGUCGACGAGGGUAUUCCUCAGCAAUCAAUUCAGCUCCUUCCUUUCAUCCCCUGCAUUAUAACGAAACUCGGUGGAGCCGGUGCUCUCUUGACCCAGCUCUUACCUCCCGGUGAUCCCCGCCUCACGGACCCGGAAUAUGCGCCGUAUAUCAUCGCCCGCGCGCCUGCGUCUGAUGCGCCUUUCGGUGGAGUUUAUAUGCGUUUAUUCCCUCCGGCCGCUAAGUUGACUCCCGAGGAUGUGGUUAGCGUUAAUGGUGCUGGUGAUACCCUGCUCGGUGUUGUCGUGGCUGGGCUGGCGCGAAAAGGUGAUACUGCGCGUGUUGAGGAUGUUCUUCCUGUUGCGCAGGAGGCGAGUCGGAGGACUUUGACUAGUCCUGGUGGUGUCAGUCAGGAUUUGGUUGGCCUAAGGGGUACAGCUGGGCUUUAG